AUGGCUGAUAAGGAUGGCUUUUUGAGUGAUGAUGUAUUUAGUGAUGCUAAUUAAGGGUUCUUAUUCAGAUAGAAAAAAAUAGAACAAAGUAGUUUUGAAUCAAAUGAUUGAAUUAUGGAAGGAAAAUGAAGAAUUUAACAAUUCAGAUUUUUUAACGAAUGGAGUUCAACAUUUACUAAAUGAUUGUUAAGAUGAAUUAGAUGAAGAAUAUGAAUAGGAAUAUAAAGCAGCAGUUGUACCAGAUUAGAUUAACAUUGAUUUAAUUCAUAUGAAUUCUUUAUAGAAGGCUUAUAUUUAUAGAGAUAAGUAUACAAUCAACUAUUAAAGUAGCUAAGAUAUCCCAUGUUGCAGAUAAGAAAAUAAAUACUAAUUUUAAUAAGAACGAUUUCAUACAUGGCUUUGAAAAUUUAAAAACACUAAAUAUUUGAGGUAUUAACUCUAGUAGUAAUAAUAAUAAAUUCAGUUUUGCUCUCAAUUUAGUAUGAUGAUUAAGAGAAAAUAGAACUAAUCUUUUUAAUACUAUUUUAUAUAGAAGCAAUGAUAAAAAUAAUUGGAAAAGGUUUAAUUUUGAAUUAAGGUGCAUAUUUGAGAGAUAUUUGGAAUGUCAUAGAUGCUUUGGUUAUAGUUGCAGGAUCUUUAUAAUAUUUUAUGAGCAAUUCAGUUUAAUUAAGUGCUUUGAGGUCACUCAGAGUCUUAAGACCUUUAAAAGCAAUUUCAUCAAUAUAAUCACUUAAGCAAAUUAUGACCACAUUUUUCUUAUCUAUUAAUGAAAUGGCAAAUGCAUUAUUAGUAUUGGGUUUUACAUAUGUUAUUUUUGCAAUAAUUGGAUUAUAAUUAUUUUAAGGAUACACUAAAUAUAGAUGUUUUGAUGAAUAUGGAAUCUAAUCAUUCUAAAUAGAAUAGCAAUAUUGCCAUAAAUGUCUUGAUAAUUAAAUAUGUGGUAAAAUGUUAGAAAACCCAAGAAAAGGGUAUUUAAGUUUUGAUCAUUUUGGUCUAGCUUUACUGCAAGUUUUUAUUAUAAGUAAUCUAGAGGGUUGGGUGGAUAUUAUGGCAUCAAUUAUAUACACUUUUUCAGAAGUAGCAGUUCUAUAUUUUAUUAUUAUUAUUAUCAUUAGUGCUUAUUUCUUAAUUAAUUUGACGCUGGCUAUUUUGAAAGUAAAUUUUAAAAAAUCUAAUUAAAUUGAGGAUAACCAAAUUGAGGAAGUGUCUUAUAAUUACAGAUAAUUAAAAAGAUUGAAUAUUUACAAACCAAUAAUUGAAAAUAGAAAAAAAUAAAAUUUUCAGAGAUAAUAAAGUAUGAGAAGAUCAAGAAUUGUAAGAUCAAUUUAACCUAAAUAACCUACAUUUAUUGAAAAUUCUGUAAAUCAAUCUUCUUAAAUCAAAUUACCCUUUAAACCAUUAUUAAUUAAAGAAUAUAGUAAACCAAGAAAAUUAAAACAUCCAAAUACUAAUAUAACAUUACAUGGAAUUUAUGGAGUAAAAAAUGAUGAUUAAAAAUUGAAAAAUAAUGAUUAAAAAUUAAAAAAUAAUGAUUCUAAUAAUUAAGCUCAUCUGUAUAGAAGAGCAACUUAAAAAAAUAUAUUAAAAAGAGGAACAAGUAUUUUAGAGAGCAAUCCUCUAUAAGAAUUAGAAUAAAUGCUUUAAGGAGAAAAAGAAAGAAACCCUAGAUAAACUUUAGCUUAAUAAAAAUUGAUUAAAGAAGUCAAAUUGAUUGCCUCUUCUUUUUAGAAAGCUCCAACCUUAAUAACAACAGUUAAAUAAGCUCUAAGAAAAAGUAAAAUGGGGUAAGAAGUCAAAUAAUAGGAAAAUUCUUUGAGUGUUUCUUUAACAGAAAUCGAAUCAAUCACAGAAGAAAAAGUGAAGGAAAGAUUUUAAGAGUUAGAUAUUCUAUAUUAAGAAGAUAAAGAAAAUAAACCUGAAAAAGAACCUCCUAAAUAAUUGUAAAACACAUCAAAAAAGUUGAAGAAAGCUGAAUAAUUUAAACCUUAAAUUUAAGAAACUAAUUUAGAAGAUGAAAAAUUAAAGAUUAGACUUUUUGAAACAAAAUUAUAUCCAAGGGUUCUUUAUAAGGAAUAUAUUUGUGAAUCAAUUAACAAUAUAUUACCAUCUUUAGAAAAACAAACAUAAUUAAAUGAACUUUAAAAGAGAGAAGAAAAACGAAGAAACAUGAAAAUUUUAAUGCGCUACUAAUUGUAAAUUCAAUUUAAUGAAAAGACAUUUGAAAAAAAAGAUCGCAAACAAACUUACGAUUCUUCAAAAGAAUCCUCGAAUAUAAAUUUUAAAAUAUUUCCUGAUGUCGUUAAAUAAUAAUCAAAAUUUGCUAGAUAAGGAGAUUAUAUUGCUAGAUCUCCUUCGUCCUUUAAUGGAAGCAAUCGUCAAAAAAUUAUUGGAAAAUCUUAUUAUAAACCUUACAAUCCAAUUUAAAAAUACACAUAUAAAUAAUAUAAAGAGCUUUUUAGUUAAGAUUUAACUGACUAGUAAUUAUAUAAUAGAAUAGAUGAAGUUGAAAUAAAAAAUCCUGAAAUUAAAAUACCAAAGGAAGAAUACUUUCAUCAUCAUAAAUUUUAUUAAUAAUUUCACUCACAAAAAAUAUAGGAUAUUGAAAAUUUGAAUGGAGAAUUAAUAACUGAGGCUUCAAUUUUAGAAGUCAAAGCUGUUGAUUUCGAUCCUUUUAUGAUGAAUAAAUACGAUAAGAUUAUUAUAGCCUUAAAUUAUACUUAAGCUAAUUUUUUCAUUUACAUGAAAGGCAUUUUUGGCAUAUGUCAACUUGCUAGAUUUAAAUUAAAUAUUAUUCUAAAUACAAAUACUUUUGAAUACUUUAUUAAUCUUUUUGUCUUAGCCAAUACUAUAGUAUUAGGCUUAGAUGGUUUAAUUAGCAAUAAAACAGAAUUGGAGAAUUUAAAUUUGUUUUUCACAAUUUUAUUCACUUUAGAAUAAUUAUUAAAGAUUUUUACUUAUGGUAUUUCUAAUUACAGUAAAGAUAUUAUGAAUAUCUUUGAUAUGUCUAUAGUUCUAAUUAGUUUAAUUGAUUUAUUUUUUUUAUCUUCAGGAAGUGGUUCUCAUUUAUAAGCCUUUAGAUCUCUAAGACUUUUUAGAGCAUUUAGAAUACUAAGAGUAACCAAAUUAGUGAGGUAAUUAUUAUAAUUAUUUUAAUUAGAAGUUUAGCGUACACAAGUUUUUUAAUCUAAAUAUUGAGUAAUGCUUUCUAUUCACUACUGUAUAUAACAUUUUUAUUAUUUCUAUUUAUCUAUAUAUUUACAUUGUUGGGCAUGUCAUUUUUUUCAGAAACUCUAACAAAUACAUAAUACAGAACUAGUUUUGACACUUUUUUAGAUAGUUUAUUAGUUGUUACUUAAAUUUUAAUUCUCUAAUGGAUUGAUGUUCUCUAUGAAUUGCUUUUUUCAGAGGUGAAUAAUUCAUUAGUUAUUAUUUAUUUACUAAUCUGGAUUUUCAUUGGAAAUUAUGUUUUAUUAAAUUUAUUGAUGGCUAGUUUAUUGAACUAUUUUGAAGAUGAAUAUUAAUCAGUAUCUAUUCAAUAUCCAAAACCUUAAAUUACUGUAACAUUUGUUGACAAAGUAAAUGAAGAUAGUCCAGAAAAUCCUAUUUUUUAAAAGGAUAAAACAUUCUUCAGUAAUUCAAGUUCAAAUGAUAUGAGAAUGUCAACUAUGAAAAAUGCUUUUACAUAUAACUUUGAUUUCAGAUAAUGUAAAAUUUCAUUAUUUUUAUUUGAUGAACAGAAUGUUGUAAGAAUAAUUUGUUCAAGAAUUAUAAAUCAUAAAAUAUUUUCUAUAAUAAUCUUAUUUGUUAUAAGCUUUAGUACUAUAAAAUUGAUAUUGGAUACAUAUUAUAAUGACUUUAUGUUUGGAUUAGAUAUUUUUAUUACUUGUGUAUUUUUGUUUGAAUUUAUCCUCAAAAUAAUUGCAUAAGGUUUUAUAACAGAACCAAAUACAUACAUGAGAAACACAUGGAAUGUUUUAGAUUUUAUAAUUAUAGUAUUUUCAAUUAUUGAUAUACCUUAUACAGAUAAAAAUUUGAGCUAUAUAAAAGUACUAAGAUUAUUGAGAACAUUAAGGCCAUUAAGACUAGUAAAGGAAAAUAAAUAGCUUAAAUUAUUAGUAACUACUCUAUUAAACUCACUUUCAGGUGUAAUAAAUGUGACUCUUAUAAUCCUUUUAGUGUUUAUUAUGUUUGGAAUUUUAGGUGUAAGUUUGCUAUAAGAUAAAAUGCACUAUUGUGAAAUUUUCACAAAAAAUGAAUUUAAUUAUUAUGAUUAAUAAAAAUGCGAAUAGCUUGGAGGAGAAUGGAGUUAUCGAAAUAUGAAUUUUGAUAAUAUUUUUAAUGCAAUAUUGACAUUAUUCAUUCUCAGUAGAAGAGAUGAUUGGGAUAAACAGAUAUAUUGGUAUAUUGAUGCAAGUGAAGAUGGUCCUAAGAAAAAUUCUAAUUUAUGGAUAAUAUUAUAUUUUCUUAUAUUUAUUUAUACAGGAUCUAUAUUAUUGAUGGAUUUGUUUACAGGUGUCAUUUUUGUUAACUAUAAAUUUGCAGAACUUUCUUUAAAAGAUAAGGUGAUUUCAGCUGAUUAAGAAGAUUGGAUAAAUAUAUAGAAAAUGAUAAUAUCUUCAAACCCUAAUUUUGCAUUAUAUUAUCCUCCAUUAAAUAAAUGUAGAGCAGCUAUUUUCAAAAUUAUAUCGAACAAAUGUUUUGAUGGAAUAAUAAUAUUUCUUAUAAUUUUCAACAUAAUUGUGUUAUCCUUGAAUUAUGAUGGUAAGCAUAAAUUUAAUUUUUAGAAUCUUCAAGUAAUUACAAUUAGAUACUAGAGAAUUUGAAUCUAUGUUUCAACUUUAUUUUCAUUGGAGAAUGUAUUCUAAAAAUAAUUGCAUAUGGUCCAAGAGGAUACUUUAGGAAUAGUUGGAAUUAAUUUGAUUUUUUCGUUGUUUUGACAUCAGGUUUUGAUACCAUUCUGAAACUCAAUGAUGCUAGUAACUAAAAUUCUUUUUUGUAAUCUGGUCCUUAAUUAUUUAGAGUGUUUAGAGUAUUAAGAGUAACAAAAUUAUUUAGAUUGGUAAAAUAGUUGAAAGGUUUAAAAAAACUAAUUGAUACUGCUACUUUUGCAUUACCCGAAUUAUUUGAAUUAAUCUUACUUAUGUUAUUAAUGUAUUGUAUAUUUGCAAUCCUAGCAGCAUUUUUAUAUUCUGAUAUUAAAGAAGGAAAUAUUAUUAAUGAAACUUAUAAUUUUAAGAAUUUUCACCAUGCACUAUUAACAUUAUUUAGAUGUACUACUGGUGAAGGUCAAUAUUUAAUAAUUUAUGAUAUAAUGGAAUCUCAUGGAGCAGUGCAUAGUCUAUUCUUUAUAAUAUUUUCAAUAGCAAUUUAAAGAAUCAUGUUAAAUUUAUUUGUAUUGAUUGUAAUUUAAUAAUACGAAAAGUUUUAUAUCAAUUCAGAUAAUCCUUUAUAAAGAUUCAAAGAAUUUGAAUAAGAUUUUAUAGAUGGUUGGGCUCCUUUAUCUAAGCAUUAUGGAGGAAAAUAUAUCAAAGUAAAAUAAUUGAUUAAUCUUGUUUUAACAAUUAAAUCUCCUCUAGGUUAUGAUUUAAAUGAAAAAAUUAUAUCAGCUUUGGAUGACUGGAAGAAAUUUAAUUAGGAUGUUAAAUAAACUCAAGAGAAUAUUGAUAGAAUUAUUAAUAUUGUAACAGCAGAUUCUAAAAAGAAAGUAGCAACUAUGAUUAUGACUAUGGAAAUGACAGCCACAGAUGAAGGAGAACUAGAAUAUCAUUAUGUAUUCUUUACCAUUAUGAAAAUGUUCUAAUAAUAAUUUAUGCAAAAAACUAAUAAAGAAGCUAAAUCUAAAGUAAAAUAACAUGAAGAAUAAACUUUAUAAAGAAUUAGAAAAAAUAGAAUCUAUAUUAAUGGAGUUAAUCCAUGUGUUUAAUUAUUAUAUGUAAUGAUGUGUUUCAAGGCAUUUAAAAGAUUCUCAGAAAAGGCAUAAGAUAAAGCACUUAAAAAACCUUAGGAAUUCAGUGAAUAAAGCUCAGAUUCAUAUUAUUGCUAUUCAAACUCAGAAAUUGCUCAACGUGAACCACAAAGCAUUAUUUCUAAUACAUCAAGAGAGUCUUAUAAUCAAUUUUGCAUUCCACCUGACCUUACUGUAUAUUAAAGCGACCUUAACGUCAACAGUAAUAAAACUUCUUUAAUCCAAAUUUUUAAUAGGCAACAAAUAUCUUUAAGUUAAACAAGCGAACUCAACAGUCCCUACAUAGAAUCCGCUAAAUGA